AUGAUAUCAAGAAAUAUUCCCAAAGCAUCGAAAUCACUACUUAAAACCCAGACAGUCAGAUUACUUGCCACAGAUGCUACUCCAUCGGUUGCAACAACCUCGACAACCACAACCACAAUUACUCCCACCACAAUCACCACCACAGAAACAACCACAACAGUGAAAAAACCACGAAAAAAGCGUACUUUUUUUACUGACAAAUUAAACACAGGUCCGUCAUUUGAUGAUUUUGUUAGUGGCAAAGCAAAAGAUAUGCUUGAAGAUCCAUUGGAAUUGGCAAGAAAAGAUCCCGAUGCAAAAUUACCAAGUUGGUUGAAGGUGCCCAUCCCCAAGGGUAAAUCCUUCCAUAAUGUGAAGAAGGACGUUAGAGAACUAAAAUUGUCAACUGUUUGUGAAGAAGCCAAGUGUCCCAAUAUAGGUGAAUGCUGGGGUGGUAAGAAAUCAGAAGCUACAGCAACAAUUAUGUUACUAGGAGAUACGUGUACUAGAGGAUGCAGGUUCUGCUCGGUCAAGACUAGUCGAGCACCUGGAAAACCCGAUCCAAUGGAGCCUGAAAAUACUGCAGAAGCUAUCAGUCGAUGGGGAUUGGGAUAUGUUGUAUUGACCACUGUGGAUAGAGAUGAUUUGGUUGAUGGUGGUGCUCAUCAUUUGAAGGAGACUGUUGAGAAGAUCAAGUUGAAAGCCCCACAGAUUCUUGUUGAAGUUCUUGGUGGUGAUUUCAGAGGUGAUUUAGAAAUGGUUAAAGUAUUGGCCGGGUCAGGAUUAGAUGUGUAUGCUCACAACAUGGAGACUGUCGAAACUUUAACGCCACAUAUCAGAGAUAGAAGGGCAACAUAUCAGCAAUCAUUGGCCGUGUUGAGAACAGCAAAAGAGACCAAACCAUCAUUAAUCACAAAGACAUCAUUGAUGUUGGGAUUUGGUGAAACUGAUGAACAGAUUAUGGCUACAUUGAAGGAUUUACGUGGAGUUGGCUGUGAUGUAGUUACAUUUGGUCAAUAUAUGAGACCUACAAAGAGGCACAUGAAGGUUGUUGAAUAUGUGACACCAGAGAAAUUCGACUACUGGAGAGAUGUGGCAUUAGAUAUGGGUUUCCUUUACGUUGCCAGUGGACCUUUGGUUAGAUCUUCAUACAAGGCUGGUGAGGCGUUUAUUGAAAACGUGUUGAAAAAGAGAAGACACAAUGUGGGUGAAGCACCAAGGAUGUUACAGGAAGUUAAACCAAGCAUCUUUCGGAGAUCUUAG